GGAGCGCACAAAUUGCCUAUCAGAUUACGUUCCCCAGCUAUGAUCCUUUACAUCACGCGUUCUAUUUUACGCCACUUAAAACGUAGGCCUAUAAUGUGAAUUAUUUUAUUCGAGCGAUGUUUAUUGGCAUGAUGCAAACUAUUUCGAUUAGGUUGUGAUUCAUUUGGAAUAAGACACGUCGAGGGAUAUAUUGAAAAGGGAGUUACAGGAGGGAGACGAGAGAGCUAGGGGAUAAUACUGUCACUUUCUGCGGUAUGACACUUGUGAUCGCUUCCUGGCUCAGUCUCAGCCCCAUUGGAGUUUCAUGCUAAAUUGUGCAACAGUGAGGGGAAGAACUUGAGAGGAGAGCACCAGACAGGACAACAGAUAAGAUAACAGAAGGUUGGACUGCUUCUCUGACCACCAACUGUGGGACUUCUAAGAGGCUUUAAGGUGAAGUGGUCUCUGUGUUUGGAGAGCUCAGCCAUAGUCCCAGGCAGUGAGUUAAGCCCUACAGGGUGAGGCCACCGCUACCAGCCUGCAGCUAUGGACCUUGAGGAGAGUGGUCCUCCUUCCUCCUCAGUGACCUCGCUGAUCCUCUCACCAUGCUGAACGAUGCUUCCUCUGUCAUCUACAUUGUGCUGGAACUGCUGAUCGCCAUACUAUCCGUGCUGGGCAAUGUGCUGGUCUGCUGGGCCGUCUGCCUCAACAGCAACCUGCAGAACAUCACCAACUUCUUUGUGGUGUCCCUGGCGGUGGCAGACAUUGCUGUGGGAGUGCUGGGUAUCCCCUUCGCCAUCGUCAUCAGCACUGGCUUCUGCUCCAACUUCUAUGGCUGCCUCUUCAUUGCUUGCUUUGUGCUGGUGCUCACCCAGAGCUCCAUCUUCAGCCUGCUGGCCAUCGCCAUAGACCGUUACAUCGCCAUCACGAUACCGCUCAGGUACAAUAGCCUGGUGACAGGCCAGCGUGCCAAGGGGAUCAUUGCUGUCUGCUGGGUGCUGUCCAUCAUCAUUGGCCUGACCCCGAUGUUGGGCUGGAACAAGUCCACUGAGCGCCCCAACAGCACCUGCUCCCCAGGCCUGAUGGAGUGUCUGUUUGAAGAGGUGGUUGUCAUGGACUACAUGGUCUACUUUAACUUCUUUGCCUGUGUCCUGAUGCCUCUGCUGCUCAUGCUGGUCAUCUACCUGCAGAUCUUCAUGGCAGCUCGGCAUCAGCUGAAGCUCAUAGAACUGAAGGCUGUCCACGGGGGGAAGUCCCACUCCACCCUGCAGAAGGAGGUCCAGGCGGCCAAGUCGCUGGCCAUCAUCGUGGGCCUGUUUGCCAUCUGCUGGCUGCCGCUGCACAUCAUCAACUGCUUCACCCUGUUCUGCCCUCAGUGUGCCCGCCCACCCCUCUGGAUAAUAUACGUGGCCAUCAUCCUCUCCCACGGCAACUCAGUGGUCAACCCCUUCAUCUAUGCAUACCGCAUACGGGAGUUCCGUCACACCUUCAGGAGGAUCAUCCGCCGCCACUUCCUGGGCCUCCACCGCCGGCAGCUGUUUGAGAGUGGCGGCAGCACUCGCACCUCCACCCACAACAGAGUCUGUGGCUCAGUGAGGGUUAAGGCCAACUGCCUCAGCUUCGACCUCCACACCGAGCACAACACCUGUAGCUGUGAGAGCCAUGUCACACCUGCAGGGGCCGUUCUGACCUCAGCGCCCAUUCACAACCACCCUCUUUCUGUGAUUAGUUUCCACAAUCACAAUGUGAGCCCCCCUCUGCCACAGCCUCUCAUACAGACCCAGACACAACCCUUAUGUCAUCCCCUGCAGUAUGGGGACCACCAGCAGUCUCCUAAAGGACCAGAGAUGGAAGAGGUAAAGGACAGGCAGGAUCUCUCCCCUGUCCAGGUCAAAUCACUGUUCUAUAAACAUAAAACCUGCUUCACCAAGCUUUCUGGGGUGUCCUGAUGGAUACAGAAUUGGUGCCAGACAUCUACUAAGGAACCCUUAACACCUGGCCUUCUGUGUGAAAUUACUCAGAUGCUCUUAUUUUUGGGGAGUCAGCUCUGAGUGUAAUGGUAGAUUACUGGGUAGGCAGGCUCACAAGCUGAGGAUCAGAGUUUGGAUGUAUCUUAUGUUAUCUAGAUGGCCUAAUGGAGGCAUUCUAUCAGCAGGGAUUCUAAUAGUGGAGCCAAGCUUCUACACAAAGGCAGCCAUACAAAACAAACUGUAUAUGCACCAUUUCAAUUGGACCUUUCAGCUUCUUGAAGCAAAAAAUGGUUGUAGUUAUUUAUAGCAGAAAUGUGACUUGAAUGGUUCAAUGUGAUUCUGUUUGUGAUGUUUAUUCUCUUGGUCUGUGACGUCAUGUGGUGCUUAGAUCUGAAGCUUCACAAUUGGCUCUUGUUCUUUGCCCUAAAGAAAUAACAUUGACGUGAUUGGAUUACUCCUGUGUAUUUGGGGAUGGCAGGGAUGUUUCAAGCGUGUGAUAAGGGGACCGUACUACUUCAUUGAUUUAGCAUGUUUGUGUCCCAUAUAGAUGGACGUGAUGAGAGUGCAUUUCAUUUAGACGUUCAGGUUUAUGAUCUUGCAAAUGUAUGAAUGCAACAAAGCUUAAAUCUGCCUUGCAAAGAGUUUUUCAAUGAUAAUGGUUGUAAACUAUUUUGAGGAGGAUCUACUAAUCUACCACUGUGCACUUUCUCUACAUUACACUUCGUUCAACUUGUCUAACUGUCACUUUUUCUACAUUACACUUCUUUCAACUUGUCUAACUGUCAGUAGCACGAACCUGUGCAGAUCCUUCAGAUAUCACAGACAAUUAAAUGAUACAAAUAAAUAAUGACAUACACCUUAUAUUUUUUACUAAAAUGACUCUCUCGCAAGUGUUACAUAUCUAUGGCAUUCUGUGCAUUCUCACAUUUCGGAUGCAAUGCAUGCAGCAAUACCUCCUGUCCAAAAAUAAAUAUAUAUUUUUAAGUAAA